AUGUUGUACUCUACAGGAAUACCGAAUUCGCCGCAGUGCUUGAGCUAUCAUGCAGGGGAACCUUCGCUGCUGUUUUUCGGAGAUGAUCGCGGUGAUAUCACGCUGAUGCGUUUUCAUCAGCCGGCAAUCUCUCUGUUCAGGCGAACCUCCACCGAUAGAAGUAACAGCUACUUUUGGAGGGAACUGGAGGGACAAGAUCCAUGGGUAACGGUGAGUGUGGACCAAAAUGUCCAUGGAGAUGCAGUACGCGAGAUCAAGUACAUACCUGACAACGGCACAAUAGUGAGCUGUAGCAGUGACCCUAAUGCAAGUGUCGUCAUUCGCUAUUUGAGUGGCAAACGUGUGCCUUACAUCUUCAAAAUGACAAGGGGAGUGCGGUGUUUCCACUUGGACAGAGGACUGAAGCUGCUAGUGACUGGGAGCACAGAUAACGUUGUUCGCAUAUGGAAUCCAGUUGUAAAUCGAAUGCCCAUAGCUGUUCUGUAUGGUCACAAGACUUCCAUCGUUGAUGUCAGGAUUUUGAGGCAGUAUAAUGCAGCUCUCAGUAUCUCUGUGGAUGGAGUGAGUGAUACAAAAAAUGAUAUGUUUGUAUGA